AUGCCAUCAUCUUCAGAUACUGGAGUAUCGGACACCUUGGAUCCUAUAGCGAUCGUGUCGGACGAUGAGAUUCUGUCAGAGAGUGAGGUCUACACGUCAGACACUACUAGCACGGAUGAGGAUGACUUCCAGCAGUUUGCUCUUCCUGAUUUUGGAGAUGAUAUUCCUAUUGCUGAUGGCCCUUUCGGAGGGGACCUACCUCUUCUUCAGGUCCCUGCUCCUCUACCGAUCGCCGCAGUUCCUCUCGAGGAUCUGCCUCAUGAUGAGUUCGCCGAUGAUGACAUCGACUUAUUCCUAGAGAGUCCCCCGGAGGGUGACAAGGAUGGUGUGGCCCUCAUGGAUGCCGAUGUCCCUGUUGCUGAUGACCCUGUUGUCAACCCUGUUGUUCCCUUGGCUGAGAUUCCUGUUAAUAUGCCCAUUGCUGAUCCUGUCGUUCCAGUCGAGGCUCCCAUUCAGGAGGCUCCUUUUGAUCUGUUUGAUGCUUACUCAUUUGAGUCUGUAGCGUCCGCCUCACCGCACGCCCAGGGCGUACAGCUCUAUUCCUCUGAUUCCGACUCAGACAUGGCGAUGUCUGUUGCGCCUCUCGUUUUCCUCGACGUUGACCCAGAGCCAGAGGUCGAGUUUUUGCCUGAUGAGCCUACUCCUGUUGGUCAUGUCGAUAUACCAGACAUAGCACCACCUGUCAUUGUUGCGCCCGUCGAGUUACCACCGAUUCCUAAUGCUCCUGUUAUUGAUGCACCCAUUAUUGCACCGGUAGUACCUGUUUCAGCCCUUGUGCAUGCGGACCAUGCACCGUUUGCUUCUCACAUUGAUCCUCGUUAUGCUGACACCCGUAACGGGUGGAUCGAGGAUGAUGACUACCCACCGUUUGUGCUACCCGUCACUCCUCCUGUAGCACCUGUUUCCGCACCUACUGAGAUUCCAUUGUUCCACCCACACACCUCUGACGUCCAUCGCACUGAUCUUCCCAUCACAUUCCUCCUGGACAUUCCGCCACCUCGUCCUGGGGAGGGUUCAUCGAGGCAGCCGCCUGUUUUUGUUCCACCUGUUCCGUCGUCAGUUCCGUUCAUGUCCCAGUUCCCUCAUACUGCACCAUCUUUUGUACCGUCGGGCGAGCCGUUUCUGUGGGCUUUGCCCAAUGUUAUGCCAUUAUCAGAUCCGUACCACCCUUAUCAUGUGGGGUACACGAUAGAGGACAUACUCAUCUCUCUACAGCUACAGCAGGACGAACUGAGUCGUCGCAUUCAGGAGUUAAAGAGAGCUCCAUGUCCUCCGUGCCACUGUCAGACUCCUUUCGCCGCACCACACACUCCCCUUCCGAUUCCCCCCGAUUCGAAUGUUCGUUUCCUUACAUCUGAGCAGCAGAUUGCCUAUUUGCUGUGCGUCAUUCAUGCCUUAGAGGAGGAUUGGGUGCAUAUGCGCCGGUUGCUUUUCUCUCAUUUUCCUCCUCCUCCGCCAUCAGCAUAG